AUGAAGGGUUUCAGAGCUUCUUCAGAUAGCAUAAUGAUGAGUUACUAUUUCUCUCUGGACAAAAUGUUAAUGUUAAUGUUCAUGUUGUACAACAACACCAACAAGAGCUGCAGCAGGAGAUGUUGCAAGAAAAUCGGGUCCUCAUUGUCAUCGUCGGGUGGUGGUUAUGCUUUUGAUCCUGCUGAAGUGCGUCACACCUUUAGAGCAACUGGGGAAAGGUUUGCUUGUGUUGUUGUCAGUGAGUAUGUUGCUAACUCUUUUACCCAUCUUCUUCAUGAAAUUUCUGGUUUCCGUGUUGUUCUUGAUCAAGAAUUGGGAUUGAUAUUGAAGCUAAGAGACAUGAUGAUUGGUUGGAUUCAUGAAGGGUUUCAGAGCUUCUUCAGACAGCUUAAUGAUGAGUUACUAUUGCUCUCUGGACAAAAUGUUAAUGUUAAUGUUAAUGUUAAUGUUGUACAACAACACCAACAAGAGCUGCAGCAGGAGAUGUUGCAAGGUGACAAGGUCCCUGUUGGGGUUGUACUUGUGAUAUCCCAGCCAUCUGUUUUCAUUGAAAGAGAAGCCAACGCAAGAAAAAUCGGGUCCUCAUUGUCAUCGUCGGGUGGUGGUUAUGCUUUUGAUCCUGCUGAAGUGCGUCACACCUUUAUAGCAACUGGGGAAAGCUCUUUUGUUUCAGCUAAUGUUCAAGUCAUUACUUGCCAUCCCUUCCCCGUGGACAGCAGCCCAGUACACCAGGUGGCAAACCAAUGA